GUCCAUUUUGUUUAGCUCAGCUAGCCCGGCUAACGUUACCUUGUGUACUGCGCAGCAGAGAUGGAUGACGGUGACGAGCCGGGUCUAGUCCUCUCUCACAACACUUCUUCAGGCUCCAAGUCGGGCGGGGACAAGAUGUUUUCCCUGAAGAAGUGGAAUGCUGUAGCGAUGUGGAGCUGGGACGUUGAAUGUGACACCUGUGCCAUCUGUCGGGUACAGGUGAUGGACGCUUGUCUCCGAUGCCAGGCGGAAAACAAACAGGAGGAUUGUGUUGUCGUAUGGGGAGAGUGCAACCACUCCUUCCAUAACUGCUGCAUGUCCCUUUGGGUGAAGCAGAACAACCGCUGUCCCCUCUGCCAACAGGACUGGGUGGUUCAGAGAAUUGGCAAAUAAGCUCCGCACCUAGGCGUUCUGACUCUCAAACGACACUUGUAUGCACCCAAUAGUGGUGACAGACUUGACAACGAUCACUGCAGCAUCCUGCGCAAAGCCACUGACACCAACAACUGUCCUCCUACCUAUGAUUGCAUGUUCCUGUCAUCUCGGUGUCAAAGGAGGACAAUGGACAAAAUUAAAGCAGCGCAGGCUCGUUGGUUGAUGUGGCCGGAGCGAUCAAGAGUCAUGAAGGAUGAAACUUGUUGCAGUGCGUGGUCACACAUUAGCUUUACAUUAUUGUCUGUGGUGGUGUUCGGCACAUCUUGAAUAUGUGACUGUCUUUUUAAAAAUAAAGAAUUGUGAAUAACUGUAAA